AUGUUUUGGAGCCGGUGGGUAAGAGAAUAUCUCCCCGGUUUACUGCCCCGUCGUUCAAGUUCCAGCUCUUCAGCACCAAGUAUUUCUAUCGAAGAUGUUGUUCUUAUAGCUGAUGGAGAUUUACCCCGAGGUACAUGGCCGCGAGGUCACGUGGUUGCUCUGUUUCUUGGAAGAGACAAUUUUGUUCGUGUGGCUGAUGUUCAAAUGGUAUCAGGAACGUUAAGGCGUCCUUUAAAAAAAUUGUUCAAUGCAGUGCUCUCAAAAUUGCCUAUUGUGUUAAAAAGUAGGUGGUAUGACUUUGCUGUUAUCCACGAAUAUAGUGGUCAAAGCAAACUAGAAAUGCUUGCAGAAUUUUUAAAUCGAGAGGUAGAGGUACAAGCUAAAUUCGGUAUUGUUGAUAUUUUCAAUUUUAACAUGACUUUUAAUUUCGACAGGCAUAAGAAAUUAGAACGAGUAAAUGCCGUAGAGGUGUGUGAUAGUUUCGACACAGGUUUACAUAAUUAUAAUACCUGUCGUGUCAAAGGUGUUUGUACUAUAGUCGGUUGCUCUCGUAAACAUCAUAAAAUACUUCAUAAUUCUAAUUUUACACAUUCCAUAGCUAGCACACAGGAAUCCGGAGAGUCAAGUUCGCAUGCUGUAGACAAUAAUGCGGACCAGCCGCGUUCAGAAUUGGUGACUCAGACGUCUUCAGAUAAUUCUAUUAAUGUAACGGCACUAACUUCGCGUAGACAGUCUAAUAUUUCAAAUAUUCUAACGGCGGAAGAUUUAAAUCUUGCUGAGUCACAUAUACUACGUCGUAGCCAAGAAGACGAUUUUCAAGAAGAGAUUGCAUACAUUGCUAAUAAUCGGCCACUUAACCUCAGAGUCGUCUCCGCAAGCUGUCACCACAAAUUGGUCCUAACAAACUUAUACAUCUCUGGUCGUAUUACAGCGGUUUUAGAUGUCAAUGAAGAAGAUAAGUUUUCUAUUUUUUUUAGAUGGAAACAUCCAAGUAUUCUCCUUUUAAUUCAUUAUUAUCAUGUUCGAACUCCUCAUGGAAAUACGGAAACCAUUGUUAACGAGCUUCGACAAAAAUACUGGAUUCUUGGAUUACGCAAUGCUGUGCGAUCAAUUGCUCACAGCUGGCAGCUCCUUACCAGCGACACUGCAAUCGAGAUCUAAUUCACGCAAUAACUGGAGAAUUGCUGUAUGACUAAGUGACAUGUUUUGGAGCCGGUGGGUAAGAGAAUAUCUCCCCGGUUUACUGCCCCGUCGUUCAAGUUCCAGCUCUACAGCACCAAGUAUUUCUAUCGAAGAUGUUGUUCUUAUAGCUGAUGGAGAUUUACCCCGAGGUACAUGGCCGCGAGGUCACGUGGUUGCUCUGUUUCUUGGAAGAGACAAUUUUGUUCGUGUGGCUGAUGUUCAAACGGUAUUAGGAACGUUAAGGCGUCCUUUAAAAAGUUAGUGCCGAUAGUUAGAACUGAAUAAUUACUUUUGUUUAGUUUUCGACUAAUAAUUUUUGUAAAUAAUUAAUCUUUUUUUUCUUUA